AUGCAGUUCAACGAACAGACAAACUACCUGCCAACCUCGAAGGUCAUCGCGGUCUUUUUGGUAUGCGCCUCGGUCGACUUCGUCACUUUGAUGGACCAAACAACACUUGCUGCCAGUUUGUCCAUCAUCAGUUUAGAAUUAGGUGCAGGUAGUCAGGCAUCCUGGAUCGCUGGCGGAUACUUUGUGACUUCAACUUCAUUUCAGCUAUUGUACGGCCGGCUUUCAGACAUUUGGUCAAGGAAAAAUAUCCUGCUUGUCGGCCUCGCAAUAUUCUUCUUCGGAUCUCUGGCUUCUUCAUUAUCAACCAGCGUCAACCAACUUAUCGCUUUCCGUGCUAUCACUGGAGUCGGAGGAGGUGGCUUGAUGACCAUAGCCCAGGCGAUCGUGAGCGACGUCGUGUCUUUGAGAGAGCGUGGGAAGUAUCAAGGCAUUUUUGGGGCAUUCGUGGCGCUUGCCAAUGGUAUUGGGCCAGUAAUCGGAGGUGCCCUAUCGGAACACUCUUGGAGAUGGAUUUUUCGAUUGAAUCUCCCUUUGACAGCACUCUGUGUCAUUGGAGUAGUCUGGUUCAUGCCUCUCAAAAAAGUGGUUGGAAGUUGGAAGAGGAAACUAGCAGCGGUAGACUUUAUUGGUGCGUUCCUCGCACUCGCUGGGUCGACUCUUCUCGUACUUGCCUUAACUUGGGCUGGUGGAGAGAAAUCAUGGGACUCAGCACCGGUGAUUUCUACUCUGGUAUUGGGACUCUCAUUUUGCGUAGCGUUUGCCUUUUGGGAAUGGAAAGGGCCAGCUUUGCCGCUUGUUCCUCUUCAUAUCUUCAAAAGCAGAGUUGUCAACGGAGCUUCUUUGACCAUGUUCAUCAAUGGAUGGAAUUUUGUGACUCAGGUGUACUACAUUCCAACAUUCUAUCAAUUGGUGCAUGGCUACUCGGCAGUCAAAUCGGGCGCCCUUUUAUUGCCAAUUACAUUAACACAAACAAUAUUCAGUACCGUUUCUGGACUGGUUGUCCACUGGACUGGUCGGUACCGAGAGAGUAUAUUAUUUGGGUGGAUUGCUUGGGCCGUCGGCCUCGGCAUGAUUUCGACCCUGGACGAGACUUCCGGACUAGGAAAACAGAUUGGAUAUGCAGUUCUGACAGGAUUUGGUGUUGGCAACACCUUGCAGCCAUCACUUAUUGCGAUACAAGCAGGAGUGUCGAGGAGAGAAAUGGCAGUCGUGACUUCGUUCAGAAACUUCAUUAGAAACCUCGGAGCAACGCUUGGCUUGGCUGUGGCAGGGACGAUCAUAAAUAAUAGUCUUCGCGCCGCGUUAACGCAGGUGGGAAGUCUCGGGUCAAAUGAUGUGCAGUGGCUGUUGAACCACCCCGCAGAAGUAUUGAGCGGAGCUACCAUAUUGCCUGGAACACAAACAUCACUUGAUCUGAAGGAGGAGUUCAUAGCUGCAUAUAAAAAGGGAUUUCGGAUUGUCUUCCUCCUAGGAGCAGGACUUGCAGCACUCGCUUUCAUUUUUGCUUUUGCGCUACUCCCACAACUCGAAUUAUCUCGACCAGAUGAAGUAAAGCUCAAAAGAGAAGGAAGGGGACAGCAGGGAGAAGUACCGGAUGGGAAUCAUCAUGAAGGUGAGACCGGCAUCAAGGCUGAGUCAGAAUGAGUGGAAGUACUGUGCUUGAAAAUGGACGGAGGCGCCAAAUCAAGCGUUGAUCAUAUAAAACAAAAGCAGUCGGAAAUUAAAGGGCGACAACUAAAUAGCAUGCUACGAGACCCAGCUAGAGGCAGAUGGGUAUCAAAUACAGAAGCGACAUAGACCAUUGUGCAAGGAAAAGGUUUGAAGAAUUGUCAGCACGUGAUACCUGGUUGAGUUUCGACACUUGGGCGGUUCUGGUGCACGAGAGUCAUGGCUAUGAGGGUUCAUGCUGAAGCGACGU